AUGCCAGGCAUCUCGGGGAUGGAGGCCCAGGAGCUUAAUUCCAACUCUCGAUUCCUGUUUAGCCAACCACGCGCAUUACAAUGGUUCGAGGGCGGGAAGUUGAUGAAGCUCCAAGAUGGCGAGCGACAAGCUGGACGGUUCGAGCUGUUCCUCGAUCUGCUCUAUGUCGCGAUCCUGUCUAACUUUGCCGAUGCUCUCGCAGAAGAUAUCUCAGGCGCAAAGCUCGUCAAGUAUAUUUUGAUCCUGGCUCCCUCCUGGAACGUCUGGAGCGACCUGCGCGAGCUGAUGAACUCGUUCUACAAUGACGAUCUCAUCCAACGCAUCCUAAUCCUAUGGGUUAUGGCCGUCCUAGUCGUAUAUGGCAACAACGCCCCGCUCGUCGACGAAGAGAUCGGCGCUAUGCGCUCAACCGUCGGCGCUUACAUGGUCGCGCGCAUUUCCUGCAACCUCGCACAUCUGCUAUACUCGUUCGCGAGCUACCACCACCGCCGACAGCAGCGUCUCUGGGUUGCGCUUUCAACCCUAGCUCUAUGUAUCUACAUCCCGCUAUACUUCGAGUCGGUUUCCAUCCGCGGGAAGAUCGCCGCAGCAGUUGUCGCAGUCGUUGCCGAGUAUGUUGUCUGGGUCGCUUGCUAUUCACCUGCAGGCAAGAAGCUCCUCCGCGUUAAAUGGUCCACGGCAGUCGAUCUCUCCCAUGAGAUCGACCGCUUCGCUGCAUUUUACAUUAUCGCGCUGGGCGAGUUUCUCUACCUCAUUAUUGUGGGCUCGCAUACAGCAGUCGGGUUGAAUGAUCGUCUUCUCCACGCGGUGUGGACGUUGAUCAUUGCAUUCUGUUUGAAUUGGCUAUAUGUCCAUGCCGACGGCGCAAUGGAAGCCACCCAUCCCAUGCGCCACUCUGUUUUCACGGCCUUCUCGUGGGUUUUCAUUCAUCUUCCGCUCAUUGCGAGUCUGUUGGCUGGUGGGCACGUUGCGGCUCUUUCGGUGGAAGAGGAGGAAUUCGAGGAUCCGCAGCAGUGGCUUCUUUGUGGUGGACUCGGCACUGGUAUGAUCUUCUUAUAUCUGUUUGCUCUGCUCCACGCCUCGAAGGAUGAGCCUGGGACUUUGAUUCUGGCCAAGCCAAUUCGACUUAUCAUGCGACCUGUAACGGGUAUCAUCGUGGUUCUUCUGCCUCUGGCUCGCCAUCUAAACGCUACCUCAGUUCUGUCGGUGAUCAUGGCUCUUUUCGUGUUCUGUGUGAUUUGGGAGACUGUUGGCUCGCUGAGAUGCGGAGCCUCAUUCAUGGAGGAAUGGGUGGACACCGAAUAUCCUGAACAUCAUACCGAAGAACAUCACUAG